AUGAACGGCUAUACAAACGGGGCUCCCGGCGCGGCUGCACAUGGCUGGAAAGGCAGCGAUCAUGGCAGUGAUCGAGGCAGCGAACCACUGACUCCUGCGGGCCCGUAUCCGCCUAUUGCGGAGAUUGUAGCGUCGGCUUCGGAGACGGUCGAGUCGCUCAGACACCAUUCGAUGAAGCAUCUGCUCGAGCAGGGCAGGAACCACUUCAACUCCGCCAAGGUCAUGCUCAGCAACCGCGCUCCUGUCGCCGGCGCAUACUGGGAGUACCUCGUUGCCUAUCAAAUCCUGGUGGACCUGAUCCCUCGACAUCCCGAUUACUACGAGAAGAUAGAAAACAGUCGCAAUCAGACACACCGCGAUUUCAAGCUCAUAAUCAAAGAUAUCAAGUCGAGUGAGGAACGCUUCGUCCGCAUCAAGGACAUUAUCAAGAACGACAACAAGAGGAACGGUGCGCUGCACAAGUCUACUUCCUCACUAUCCGCUCCUCGCCCACCCUCUCGCAACGGAUUAUCAUUACCAAGACGCGACGACGAAUUGAUGCUCCCCGAUGUCCCUACUUCCGCACCAAGUUCCUCUCCACAAUCACCGCCAAGAAAACCUCCCGUGCAACCCAAACCUCAGUCGCUCCAUGGCCGAGCUGUGAACGCAAACGUAUCAUCAGCAACGGCAGUAAAUGACCUUGCCCAGAGACUGGCAAAUUUGAGAGGCACAGUCCAACCAGUAGACACCAGCUCGACUCGUCCCAGUCAAGAUAAUUCAGUCAAGAUGCCCUCACCUGCAGACUUCCACUCAUCAGCACGCCCCCUGGGUCCACGAGAGAUGCCGCCACCUCCCCUCCACAUGCCGCCACCUCCGCCGAUACUAGCUCUAAAUACGCAAUUCGCUGCUUCGUUACCAAAGGAGCCUAGUCCAACCUAUAGCCCUGCCCGAAACAUCUCUGGACCUCUGAGCAUCAAUCCUCCGCGAAGUACUCCCAGAAGCAUGCUUGGCACCGGUGGGCGAAGCAACUCCCUGGCGGCCUCCAGUGCCUCCAGUCACGCGCCUAACAGUAAUGGUGUUUCGGACUCGUAUUUCCCCACUCAACCCUCCUCUCGGGGUGUGACUAGCCGGAAGAUGUCAGUCAGCAAAUCUGUUGAACUGGAAAUUGAUGCCAGCAAACUGUACGACUACUUCCGCAUGUACAAUGUACUCUUGAUAGAUGUGCGAAACAGAGCAGAGUUUGAUGCGGGCCACAUCUAUGUACGCAAUAUCAUAUGCAUAGAGCCGCUAUUGCUGAGAGAGGGUGAUUCGGCAGACCAACUUCUCGAACGACUUGUCAUUUCCCCGGACGAUGAGCAGGCCAUGUUUGAAAGGCGGCAUGAGUAUGACGUGGUGGUAUAUUACGACGAGUCGACACAGAAUAUUGACUUUCUCGACAGACGUGAUCGGACAGAAGCUCAAGUAGCGCUUAAGCGUCUUUUUGACAUACUCCAUGAGUUCAAUGCAGACAAACCUUUGAAGCGCCCUCCUGUGUUCUUGAAAGGAGGUCUCGAUGCAUGGGUUGAUUUGGUCGGAUCACAAGCAUUGCGAGUAUCAACAACUGCCGGUCUGGGGUCGACGGGUGAUCAACGACCUCGAGCUAUCCGGCGGUCGCCAGCUGCCAGCCACGUCGCAAGAAGCAGUCUUCAGAAGCGGAGACGGCGGGAGUAUGUUCCAAUGGACCCGGAAGAAGAGCAGAAGUGGCUAGAAGAGGCUCGGAAAGGCAGAGCAGCUGUCGAUAUACCUGCUGCAGAGGAGGAGGAUGACGAUGCAGGCGAGCUGCCUUUCUACCGUUCGACUGAAGAGUUCUUGCGGAGGUAUCCAGACGUGGAACCCGAGCAGUCAAUGAUGUACCCUUCCAAGAAGUUCCUGUCGACAAAUCAAUACGUUGCUCCGGCUAUCCCAGUUGUGCCUUCCCGACCACCUCCGUCUGUCCCUCGUGUGAGUUAUAGUGGUGUGCACGAGCGUCAAGUUUCGCAACAGAGUCGCAAUCAGCAAGCUUCCGCCCAUUUGUCACAUUCACGUUACAUCAACGUGAAGCUACACCGGACUGGGCUCCUCAAUUUUGGAGUGACGUGCUAUAUGAACUCCGUGGUGCAGUGUUUGAGUGGUACCUUGUCACUUUCGGACUUGUUCCUCACCCAACGCUAUCAAAGGGAUCUCCAGAGAGACAAUUGGAAGGGGACCAAGGGCAUUCUUCCCGAGGCGUAUGCAACCUUGCUAUCGAACCUUUACAAAGGCGAUGUUGGCUCUGUACGCCCCAGUACCUUUAGGAGGAUUUGCGGUCAUUUCAACUCGCAGUGGGGUGUGGAUGAGCAGCAAGACGCAAAGGAGUUCCUUGAAUUUGUCUUGGACUACAUGCACGAGGAUCUCAACAUUACCUGGAACAAGUCGCCACUGAAACCGCUCAGUGAUCAGCAAGAGCUGCAACGGGAGCAGUUUCCGCGGCAGUAUGCUGCAAAAAUCGAAUGGGGGCGCUAUCAACAUCGCGACAUGUCUGUGAUUGGCGGUAUAUUUGCCGGUCAACACGCAUCACAGCUUACAUGCCAGACUUGUGGUGUUACCAGUACAACCUACGAGGCAUUUUGGAGUAUCAGUGUAGAAAUCCCGCGCGAAGGACAAUGCGAUGUGCGGGACUGUCUGCGAUCGUACUGUGCGCCGGAACGGCUUGCGGGAGACGAGCUAUGGCGGUGUCCCCGCUGUAAGAAAGAUCGUGAGGCGGUGAAGAAGAUUACGAUCACACGUGCUCCUGAAACGCUCGUCAUUCACUUCAAGCGAUUCAGUGCCUCGCGAACGGAAAGCGCUCGCAAGGUCCGAACGCCAGUGCAUUUCCCGCUGCAGGGCCUAGACAUGGCACCCUUUGUCGAGCCGCCAAUGACGCCUACGCAAGAGGCAUACAUUACACAAAAUGCGCGAGACGGUCCUGCUCAGUUGGCCAGCGUCAAGGCAGACCCGACAAUGAAUGGGCCGUACAUCUACAAUGCGUAUGCCGUCAUCUGGCAUAUCGGAGCUACUCUGGGGAGCGGCCAUUACACGGCGUUUGUCAAGGACAAAUCGCGCGGCUCCUGGCGGUCCUUCAACGACGACAAGAUCACUGACUUCGAUCCUGGAAAUCUACCACCGCACAGCCGGUUACAAAACGAAAAGGCAUACAUUGUGUUCUAUGAGCGCGAACAGGUUGCUGGGGGGGCAUCCUUCUGA